CAGGUCAUAUACUAGAUUUAUGCAUGCCUUGUUCACUUGAAACUAUGGGUCAUUCUUGGAAUUUUCUUAAGGUGUUGUUUGGAUGGGUAGUUUGUAUCUUAAGCCUGAGCCUCCUCUCUUGGUGCUGUGGAUCUAUAGGGACUGUGCAUAUAGAUGGGAAGAGAGCCAUUGGAGCAACAGAUAGUGACUUCAUCUGUGCUACUUUGGAUUGGUGGCCACCUGAUAAAUGUGACUAUGGAACCUGUUCUUGGGGUCAUGCUUCUCUUCUACAUUUGGUACUUUUACCUUUACAAAAAUUGAGCUUUUAUAUACUGAACUUCACUUUUAGUACUUAUAACAAUUGUUUCUUUUAUGUUCAUUAGAUCACCCAUAGAGCUAUACCAUCUAUUCUAUGACUUAUCUGUGUUGUACGUGCAGGAUCUAAACAAUACUAUUCUCUUAAAUGCAGUAAAAGCCUUCUCGCCGUUAAAGAUUCGUUUGGGUGGGACUUUGCAAGAUAAACUCAUCUACCAAACAGAAGAAAAUGGUGAAAAGGGAAGCUGCAUUCCAUUUGUAAAAAACAAUUCAGCAUUGUAUGGUUUCAAUCGAGGGUGUCUUUCACUGUCUCGAUGGGAUGAAAUGAAUGUCUUCUUCAAUAAAUCUGGAGCGGUUAUCAUUUUCGGUUUAAAUGCUCUCAUAGGAAGAUCAUUCCGGCCCGACGGUUUAGCGACCGGACCAUGGAAUUCAACCAAUGCUGAAUCUCUAAUACGUUAUACUGUUAACAAAGGCUACACUAUCCAUGGUUGGGAGCUCGGGAAUGAAUUGAGUGGCGUGGGAGAUGGGGUAAGAGUUACAGCAUAUCAGUAUGUUUAUGACACAAUUCAUCUUAAGACGAUGUUGGAAGAUGUUUACAUGAAUGCUAGCAGUAAGCCACUGCUUGUAGCACCUGGAGGAUUUUUUGAUGCAAAAUGGUAUAAAAAGUUCAUAGAGGGAGCUGAAAACUCUCUUGAUGUGGUCACUCAUCACAUUUAUAGUCUUGGUCCAGCAAACGAUGAGCAUCUCAUUCAGAAAAUCCUCAAUUCGUCCUACCUGGAUCUCGGAGUAAAGACAUUUAAUCAGAUGCAACACAUCCUCAAGAGCUCUGGCACUUCUGUAAAUGCUUGGGUUGGUGAGGCUGGCGGUGCCUAUAACAGCGGCCGAAACCAUGUCACAAAUGCCUUUGUUUUUAGUUUCUGGUAUCUUGAUCAGCUAGGGAUGUCUGCAUCCUAUGGUACAAAGACAUACUGCAGGCAAACGCUGAUUGGUGGAAACUAUGGAUUACUCAAUACCACCACCUUUGUACCGAAUCCAGAUUACUACAGUGCUCUUCUUUGGCAUAGAUUAAUGGGAAGCAAUGUGUUGAAAACAAGAUUUUCAGGGACAAAGAAAUUACGCGCUUACGCUCAUUGUGCAAAGAAAUCUACUGGCAUUACCAUAUUGUUGAUCAACCUGGAUGGCAACAGUAGUGCAGUGGUGGAUGUUGCAUACAACAAAUUCUCUAAAAUCGGCGGAACCGCGAGAGAAGAGUAUCAUCUGACAGCAAAAGAUGGAGAUUUGCAGAGCCAGACAGUUCUUCUAAAUGGGAAGGAAUUGAUUGUAGACUCAUCUGGGGAGAUACCUUUGUUGGAACCACGGGUUGUGAACCUGGAAGAACCCAUAAACGUUGACCCAUUUUCCAUUGUCUUUGCUCAUGUACCUUAUGUGUUUCUGCCUGCUUGUAUCUGAUAUUGUGAAGUAAAUAGGAGAUAUUAUUAGCCCAUAAAGGGUCACCAUUUUGGUCAUGCAUUGUAAUGACUCUGAGAUAGGAAAGAAUAAUAAAUAAGGUCUUUUUGUUAAGAUGAUAGAGCACGUACUGCACUUUCGUUUGCGCUCG